AUGCGUUACUCAAUCAUCUUCGCUGCUGCCGGCCUCGUUGCCUCCGUCUCCGCCCACGGUGUCGUUACCAAGGUUGUUGGCGCCAACGGUGUAGAGAUGCCUGGUCUGUCUGUGGCCGACGGCACUCCCCGUGACUGCUCCAGCAACGGCUGCGGUUCGCAGGCCGACACUUCCAUCAUCCGUGACCGGGAUAUCUCCGCCGGUGGCAGCCCUCUGGGCAAGACCCAGGGCAAUGGUCCCGUCGAUGCUGCCACCAUGAUCAACAACUUCAUGGGCGCUGGCUCCGCCCCCACCAACAACGGCACCGGUGUUGGUGUGGAGGACGACAUUCCGGCCAAUGUCGGCAGCCAGAAGAACAACAAGGUUGUGAGCGCCAAGUUCCGCAGCCGUCAACUGCUCGCUGGCCUCCUCGGUGGUGGUGGCGGCGGCGCCAACGCCAAGGGCACAAAGUCCACUUCCCCCGCUGAGACCAUGGUCAAGGCCACUGCCGGCCAGGGUGCCACCAGCGGUCUUCCUACCGCCUCGGACGACGGUACCGUCGAGCUCCAGUACCGCCAGAUCAACCAAGACGGCGCGGGUCCCCUCGAGGCCAUGAUUGACGGCACUUCGGGCGGUACCGACAUGGCCGCCUUCCAGGAGGCCGAGGUGAUGCAAAACGUGCCCGGCCUGGUCGCUGGUCUCUCGACUGCCACCAACACCGACUUUGCCGUCAAGGUUGCCAUGCCUCAGGGUAUGACUUGUGAUGCUACCGUUGGCGAUGCUCAGAAUGUCUGCGUUGUCCGUGUGCGAAACAACACCCCGGCCGGACCCUUUGGUGGCUCAGCUGCCUUUACCCAAACCGCCGCCGCCCGCAAGCGCGCCAUUGCCUACCGCCUCAAGAAGCGUGCUGAGGAGGCUGCCGCUCGCAAGUAA